AUGGAUGUUCUCUAUGACGAGUGGUUACGCCCACUUUACGUAUGCAACGUCUACACAGUCUUCGUUUUCGGCGUCGCUGAAGUUCUGUAUUUGUUGCUGAAAAACGAGGAGACGAUCAUGUUCAAGCUCAAAUGCAACGAGUUCAUCAGCACGAUUUCGAUGUGUGCGUGUCACUUCUCCGAAGCGGUUCUCUUCAAAAACUACGACUUCAUUGCAAUGUUCAUCGCCAUCAUAAUUGACAUGACAGUCUGCCGACAUCUGAAUCGUGGAGACGCCGAGAAUCCGAUACUUCCGAUGCUUCUUCUGGAAGAGGCACUCUACAAGAUCGAUUUUCAGCUUAAUAUUCCAAUUUUCUUCCAGCUACCGCCUCCGCUCGUCGCUCUCUGUGAGUUCUUCAGCUGCUUCUUGCUUCGAUUGAUUCUGGGACUUUUCGCUGCUCCACAACGUCAAAAGUAUAUUCCAGUCGUGUUUGCGGUCUUCUUCGUCGCUGGUCAAUACAUUAUCGGAGUGCCUGGGGCUCACCCAAUGUUCGGCGCCUCCCGUUUCACAAGUUGUGCAUUUGUCCAGCCUGACUCUUUUACGAUUUACUGUGUGAACUAUCUGUUCGCCACGUACGCUGGUUGGAUGGCCGCCUCGCUGCUUUGCACAACGCCGUUGAGAUCAAUGUGGAGACUGAAGCUCGAGCGUGAGACUGCUGAAAAGGAGGAAGCUGAACGACUCGCCGCUGCAGCUAGCAGAAACCGUGGGAGAAGAAAUAAUAGGAGAAAUUAUUAA